AUGAAGCCGCCUAGUUCAUUGCAAACAAAUGAGUUUGACUCAUCAGACGAAGAGCCUAUUGAAGAUGAACAGACUCCAAUUCAGAUAUCAUGGCUACCCCUGUCACGAGUGAAUUGUUCUCAGUUUCUUGGUUUAUGUGCUCUUCCAGGUUGUAAAUUUAAAAAUGUUAGAAGAAAUAUCCAAAAAGAUACAGAAGAACUAAAGAGCUAUGGUAUACAAGACAUAUUUGUUUUCUGCACCAGAGGGGAACUGUCAAAAUACAGAGUCCCAAACCUUUUGGACCUCUACCAUCAGUAUGCAAUCAUCACUCAUCAUCAUCCAAUCCCAGACGGAGGGACUCCUGACAUAGCCAGCUGCUGCGAAAUAAUGGAGGAGCUUGCAAUCUGCCUUAAAAAUAACCGAAAAACCUUAAUACACUGUUAUGGAGGACUCGGGAGAUCUUGUCUUGUAGCCGCCUGUCUCCUCCUGUACCUGUCUGACGCAGUUUCACCACAGCAAGCCAUCGACAGCCUGAGAGACCUGCGAGGGUCUGGAGCCAUACAGACGAUCAAGCAAUAUAAUUAUCUUCAUGAGUUUCGGGACAAACUAGCUGCACAUCUAUCAUCAAGAGAUUCAUUAUCAAGAUCUGUAUCUAGAUAA